AGGAUGCGUGCGGGGGUGUGGUGCGUCGCGCUCGCGCUGCUGGCCGUCGGCGGCGCUCUCCGACCCACUCAGGCGCAGGAAACGACGCGUGUAGGCAGAAGACUACCAAUACACACGUCCACAGAAAGCAGCGCUCUUGAACAAGAGCAUGCUUCUACACCAAGAAGAGGGUCGAGGAGAAGAGAAGAAAGCUCGCCACGCCAAGCUGUGCGCAGAACACGGACACGUGCUCCUCAAACUGAAGAGGUCACUCAACCAGAAACUAAACGGGAUACCAACGAACGCUUCGAUUCGAGAAAAGCUUACAGUCGGACACGAAACAGGCCCGAACCAGAAGAAGACACUCCUAAAGCUAACGUUAUUAGAAGCAGAUCGCGAUUCAACAGGCCAGCUCCUACCCAACCCACACCUACUACAAAGGCACCAGAAGUCACUUCUCCCAAUAUAGAUGAAAGCAAAAUAGAAGUCAUCAAUUCAACUCUAGAGGAAAUAACCAAGAUGGUUUUUAAAGAAUAUGAACCUGUAACACAAUCUAAUCGCAGAACUUCAACUCGAACCAUUGCAAAUGUCACUCAACGAAGACGUGGCCGAGUCAAUGUCAGAACCAAUGAGCAAUCAGACCUUACUAGUUCCGGCACGACAAACUCCAUUUCGAUUUCUGAAAAGGGGCCCACUACUGAUAAAAUGAUAGAUCUAAGAAGUUCUCGAAAACUAAGGUAUAAACAGCGGCUACCAGAAACAGAUACCAAUUUAACGGGUCUUGGUAUAACGGCUUCGAAUGAGGUUCAACAGUCUAGUCAAAACGAGACCCCUAGUCAAGAGACCAAGCUAUCAGCCCCUGUAGAAAAUGUUCAACAAAGCACUGAGACGAACCCUUUGAAAACGACGACUUUAAAGGUCAUGAGGAUAGUCAGGCGACCUGUUCAGAGAGGAAAGGGAAGCUUCAAGCCGAACGCGUCCGAGUCUCGAGCUAAAAAACGUUCGGAUGAAGUAAAUGAAGACGACAACUAUCCUGAACCUUUCAAAGCGCUGUUGCAAGCUAAAAAUGCUUCGACACUGUUUACCUCUCCAAGUGACGAGAGUCUGACCUUGAAAGCAUCACAGAAAGUUCAUUCGUUUGCACCAUCACAACAGUCGACACUAAGUUCUCUUAAAAAUAAAUACUCACGGUUACGACCUAAACCCAAUGUAGAAAAAGGAUUGAAAAAAGACAUAAAUCCUGAUGAUAAACCUACAGAAAGCACUGUAGCACCAACAACGCUUUCAACCAAAGAACCCAGUUAUAAGUUUCGGUCUCAACAAACCACAAGAAGCAGAAAAUUUAGCCAUCUUACUACUUCAACUGUCUCAAACACAGAACAAAGCAGUGAUAAACCCACUUACAAAUAUAAUAGAAAAUUUAAAGUGAGCACUACCGAGGCUCCCAAAAGCGAACCUAAAAUUAAUUCCAAGCGUUAUGAAACUAACAAUCUCUUAAAAAAGGCGUCGCAUAGACCUACAUUUUAUUCAAGAAGAAAUUCAAGCAAAAGUGACGCUAGUACUACAACCCCAAGUAACGAAGAAAGCCUUAAUAUAGGAAGUGCUUUAGAAAGUAUUGCAAAACACAAAGCAUCAUUGCCAAGGACGUCUUAUUAUAGUCGACAGAGAAAUAGUAAAAAAGUCUUAACCCCACCUAUCUCAUCGACGGAAGAGCCUUUUAAGGAUAGUAACAGUGUCAUAGAAACUGCUGAUAGAAAAAACGCAAAUAAUGUAGAUAUGCCCUUGAUAUAUACAUUAUUAAAACCCGCCGAUGUAUCACAAAAUGAAAACAAUCUAGAUAUUUCACAAAAUGAAAACAAUAGCGAAAAACCACAUAAAAUGUUUGUUAUCGCAGUAACAAGUAAAGAGUCUUCAGAAUCUAGUACAGAAAAUGAAAUGACAUCUAAUACUGUUGAGGAGACUGAAGCAAGACCUGUGGUGGGUCCAACAACUCCAAAAUAUCAUGCUACGUAUACAAUUCCUCAACCUACUGCUAAAGCAGAAGAACAUGACGUUUUGAGUGCUGUACCUCCCAUUAGAAAUAUUCCGACUCGAAAAUUUGGACGAGGCAGAGUAAGCUCAAGGUUUCAAAAUGAUGGAGUCUCAGAAGAACCAGUAACGAGGGACAGGGGGGCUGGGAAGUAUACUGAUUCAUAUACAAAAACCACUGAAGCUUCUACCAAUGGGAUAAAUCCGGACACUGAAAAAUCUAGACAUAGAUUCAGCUCUAAAUAUAGAGCUACGCAUGACAAACCAAUUUAUAGAGCAACUGUGCCCACGGUUACACCUUCAACUAUAGAGGGAGAAGAAUAUCAAUUAGGGCCAGAUAUGAAUGCUAUCACGUUCACUCAAACACGAAGUCCAGCUGAACUAUUGAAACUAUCAGAAAGUUUGGUGAAACCACACGUCAUGAAUGUUGAAGCUUCACAACACUCCCAGUCAGUUACUGUAUCAAUAUUCGAUGCUUUAGCAGAAAUCCUUACGUCCACACCCAGAAACCGACUAUCAUCUACAACAGAAGUACAAAAACAAAACAUUAAAACCGAUUCUAAACAAUCACUCGACGUCGUGAGUAGCAACAUUAAUGUAAAUAGCGGAGUUUUGCCAAGUCAAGACACGUUGAAUGUUAUUGUAAACACUAAUGUACAAAACACUGACACGACACUAAAUGUGAAUAACCCAUCGGUUGCGGCUGGCGCAGCAUCGGCGUCAACGACGUCCCAGUCUUUACCCACACCCAUCCCCACUACUCCAGUUUCCGCAAGGAAACCUUUCGCUUUCAAAGUCUUAUACUCAGAACCAACAGACAAACUUACGACUGCACCCGAACCAACAUCAAACCAGCCAUCGACUGACAACCCAUCAACGGUAUAUAACACUGUUUCUGAUCUUUUGUUGUCAAAUAACAAUGUAGUGUCGUCUGAACUAACCAGCAUGUUGUCUAGUAAUAUUAACAAUAUACUCCGAAAUAUGGACGACAGGAUUAAAUCUAGAGUGUCCGCAGACAUGAAAAAAAUAUUAAAGAAUUUGAUUCCCAGGGCUAUAGAUGGUUUAGAUGACAAUGUAGAUUCUACCCCAAAUACCACUCCCUACAGUUUGGAGGAUAUCAAAGACACAGAAAACGUAAACUUUGAUGUUAACUUAAAUAUAAAUGGUAACCCUGCGUCCUUUGAUCUUCUUCAAACUGCAGGUACCACUAGCAAUGUAAAUAUCACAAAUGGUGUUGCUAAUACAUUUAAUAGUGUAAAACAGCCUGAUUUUACUCAGGAUGGUAAUAACCAAGGUGUUUCACAAUUAGGUAGUAUUUUGCCAGAAUCAAACGAAGGACGAACGACGACAGCUAACAUAAAUAGAUUAAUAACUGCUCCCACGACUACUGUAACCGUAACACCUUCUGAUACCGCCAGUGUUACUUUAGCUUCGUCAUUCGUUCCUGAAAAUAACGAUAGUGUCGUUAUUGAGAGGGGGGUUAACAAUAAUGCUGCACCCAAUAGUCCGAAUGUUCCCUUCCCAUUUUUAACGAAUUUCCAAAUAGAAGAUUUCACUACGCAGGAUUCGGGUAAUUUUAAUAACACAUCAGUUUUGCAAAGUGAACCUAUACCAUUUAGUGCUGUACCUGCAACACCAUCUCAAAAUGACGACGAUUCUAACAUUCAGGACAUCAAUGACGUGACACCCCUUCAGCUGUGGGUAUUAUCUAAAAAAGCCCGAGUACUGAAAAUGAUUGAAGACCUUAUACGUGACCAUAACAACGAACUGGCUAAUGCGACUGCACUGACAGAGAUGUUUGGACAAUCAGAUAACUCUCCUAUAUCUGAACGACUGACUGAAAUAAUGAGUACUAUGAAUACUACGACAAAAUCAAUCGACUCCGAUGACUCUUCUCUUUCUACUACUCCUUCUCUUCCUACUCCCCUUUCUGCUUUGCCCUCAAACGAAUCUUUCGAAGCUGGCCUCACUACGAGUACUACGUCGUCAGAAGUCGCCAUCAGUAAUGAAUCGUUAACAACGGUAUCAGCUUCGUUAUCUGACAUUAGUACAAGUACAUCUUCUACAUCAAGCAAUGCAGAGACUGCUACUGCUAUGUCGACGACGGAAGCUGCUGUUGAACUAUCGAAUAGAUCGCUAAACGAGUCCACAACAGCUACAACUGUACAGGAAACAACCACGCAGAGUAUUGAAACGGUCACGCCUUCAGACGUCGCAACCACAACGGAAGCGAACCAAGAAACUACGACUCAAAAUGAUAUCGAAACGACUACCGAGAUAUCGACAUCGGCACUUAAUUUAAAAGAUAGCAGUAGAGGUGUAACUACUGUGGCUAGUAAGCCAGCUGAGCAAAGCACAGCCUCGCAUGUUUUGAGUUUACGCACAACUACAAUGCUACCCUCUGUCGAUGAGAUUCUGCUUAAUAGUAUAUCUUCGGCCGCUAAAGAGGAAAUGGUUAUAUCAUCAAUGACGAGUUCCACUCGCCAGCCUACAAUAUUAACACUGGAUAUUGAUCCGGAGACUAAACAAAUACGCACUGAAAAGCCUGGUGAAAUUAAAUUCAUAUCAAUCGACGAAGUGAUCACUACUACAUCUGCAAACAAUGUUUUAAAGUUGGCCUCCAGCAAAUCACCCACUACAACUGUAACUAGUCAAAUGGAGACAGUUACUGAGUCUAGUACACAGACACCUCAGAUUCCAACACAAGCACAAAAUGAUGAUCAAACAACUACGGUUCAAGUAGCUGCAGGAACUAUAACAGCCGCUGUCUCAGAAUCAACCACUGUGCAAAGCGUACUAACGACAAGCACUACUGAGGCUAGCACAACUCCAUUAGCAAGCACUGAACCAGUCACAACUACAACCAUGGCUCCAGUGACAACGACCACAGUAACUACGACGACGACUACUGCGAAACCGAUAGAAACAACGACCGAAGUUAGAACUACUUUAAGAACAACAACUUUACCACCAACGACGGCUGCACCGACUACUGUUGCUGAAACUUUACUCCCUUCAAUGGCUACCCCUGCACCAACAGAAGGAGUUACUAAAGAGGAUUCAAAAAGAUAUCAAGAAGAUGCAGCACUUUUAGAAGCAAUUUUAAGUGGUGCUGAACGUCUUCCUAAAAAACUUAACUUCAAUAAUUUAGAUCAAAACACCGGUACUUCAUCAGUUAAUACUCAAACGAAGCUAGCGUCGGGAACUAAACAAAGCAACGACGAUAUAUUUUUGCAACAACUUCUCUCGGUCGCUGGCAAAAGUCCACAAACUCUAACGGUUCCAAACAUUGGAGGAAACAUUAAAGUCAAUGGCGUGCAAACUACAACAGCUCGUUCCAUAGAAGAUGAUAUACGACAAUUUGAAGAGGAUACAAAAUUGUUGAAAGCCCUGUUAGCAGCUACAGGACAAGACCCAGCCAAAUUUAACAUACCGACUCUAAACAUAAAAACUACAACAUUAGUUCCUACAACAGAAACAACAACAACAUCUAAACCCACUGAAACAACAAGAGCACAAACAACCACACCGUCAAUAGACGCAGACAUAACACGGUUCCAAGAAGAUGCUAAACUUUUACAAGCUCUUCUACAAGCUACCGGUCAAAAUAAUGGAAACUUUAACUUCCCUGAUAUAACGGGAAUAACGUCAAAUGUCAGAAUAGCGUCUAAUCCGCUCACGACAUCCCUGGGGUCAAAUCCUACGACUCCGAUAAAUGUUAGGCCAAUAUUCACAACAUUGAGAACGACGACGUUGCCCCCUACCACUGUUACUGUACCUGCUACGUUCCAGCCUCGUGCAACCGACUCCACAACUGCUCGGAUAUCUACCACAUUCCCGCCAUUCAGAAGAAGACCUUCUGCAACAACUGUAUUUACGAAUCCAACGACUGUGGCGACCGCUCGACGCGUUCCAAUACCUAACUUCACUGUAACAACAGAGAUUCCUACAUCAUCAACUUUUUCAGUUGAAGAAGACUUAGCUUUCCUGAAUAACCUGAAAUCUGUCCUUAAUACAAAUACAGAUAGUACUGAUCCUGAAGCGGCAUUAGCCAACCGCAUCAUAGCUCUUGCAGUAGACAGAAGUUUGAAUGAAAUCAAAACAGGUCAAGGAACUGAGCGCACGGGAAAAAAUCUGGUACCUACUACGGCCCCCACCACAACGACCACAACCACAACGACCACCACAACACCGCGGCCCACCACCGCUGCUCCUAGCACACCAUCCAUCGAAGACGAUUUGAGACAGUUUCAAGAAGAUACUAAACUCUUGCAGGCUUUGCUCAAAGCAACCGGACAAGAUCCAUCUAAACUUAACUUACCAACAAUACCAAACAUAAACGCUAAUGUGAGUCCGAAAAUACCACCAGGAGUUCACAGUGAACUAAAUCUUCUCUCAAAUCUUCUUGCUUCACCUUCACCUCUCAAUGAGCCGUUCGAUUCUCUCACGCAGAAACCAAAAGAACAAAUAAAGACGACUAUCACUACAACUCCUAAACCUUUUGGCGCAAAGAUUGCAGUAAAAGAUGACGUUAAAAAUGUACAAGAUGAUGGGAAAUUGUUACAAACUUUAAUACAAUUGCAGGGCGUGCAAGAAACCACGACGCAAAAGAGUAAAAUUGCUAUUACAGGGCAAUCAACAGACGAAGCAUUAAAGAAACUAAUUCAGAAAACAAAGUCGCCAGGUAUGGUGCAGGAUGCGACCAAGAUGCCGCUUGCGAUCAGCACAGAAUACGGAAAGAGCAACGACGCACUCCUCGCUGCCCUGCUGAAGGAGCAAGGCUUCGGACCCACCACCGCCAGCUCUUUGGACGAGCAACUCCGUCUCGCCGCAUUGCUCAAUCAAGUGGUAGUGACGCCGAAAGCUAGGCGGACGACGACGGCGCCGCCUCCGCCGCCGCCGCCGGCGCCUAGAAGACCGAUCCUGGACGGGCUGGCGUGGCUGUGGCAGCAGUGGCGAGAGACGGGGCCUGGGACAGGAGCCCAGAGACCAAAUAGAAGACCAGAUCCGUCCCCUACGGCCGCGGUGUCCGCGUCCCAGGCGACGAGCAACAGGGUCAACUGGUUUGGCUCUGGGCCUUUCGUCGGAAAUGCGGACGAUAAGCCAAACAACAGAAUACCACUGGACCCCCCGAGGGCAGUGACCUCGGAGCAGACCCCGGGACGAGGGCAGCUGGUGUCCGCGGCCAUUAACGUCACCAGGGCUUUCUCGCAGUUCUUAGGGGCUGCGAUUCAGGGUGCCGCCCAGACUGUCCAGAGCGUAAUCCGAGCGGGGCAGCGCGCAGCAACCGAUGUAUACAGUAAUGGCUCCGGAGCGUCAGGAUAACGUCUGCCAAAUCGUAGAAGGAGGGAAUCAGAUGUGAUGUCC